UCUUUCCUGGUGUUGUACAUACGAAAAGACUCUUGUUUCCUCCCGAAACCGAAGUCUUCUGUUAUUUUCUUUGUGGUCCGACCCGUCUAUAUUCUAUACCGGUUCGCGUGAAAUAAAGGUGUUGUUCGGUGCAAAGAUGAGUGCAAAAUUGCGCACGCGUACUCCCUCGCCUAAGACCGUCACUUUCGAUCCCUCACCUCCAACGGCGUUGGAAACGAAACAACCUGUCGUCCGGCACCAGGCCACGCCUAUUAAGUUUAGGAACUUGGUCGAAUGGGAACAAUACCUUAACGCGUUGCUUGCUGACUUACAAAACACAGUUUCGGGAGGAGUGAAUCAAAGCGGAUCGAAUGUAUCAGGAUAUGGUUCCCUCAAUACUCCCCGUGGUAGACAAACUCCCACUUCCGAUGUUCCUGCAGCAAAAACUCAGAUUCAUGGCUCCAAUACGGCUGCUUACGGCAAAACACAACCUGUCGUGUCCGGUGCGCGCGCGUAUACACCAGGUUCUGGCUACGGCAGUACCACACCGGUUGGUACUGGACAAGAUAAAAAGAGAGCGGGCAAUACUAGUCUCCAAGAAUUGGAUAGUCUUUUAGAAGACCUGAGUAAUAGUCGAUACGCCAAUAUGCCAGAAAACGGUUUCAAUGGCUCUGGAGGACCGUCUCCGGGCUACAGUGACGUAUACAGAAACUCCGGAGGAUCGGGAUCCGGCAGCAGAAGCCCCGCGGCAACUUACUCUAGACCAUCUAGUGCCCAAAACAGUCUUAACAGACCGGGAAGUUCCCAAAGUGUGCAUAACAGACCUUCCGUGGAUGAUUUGCUGGAUGAACUUAACCCUGGUGAUGUAAUCUACCAAGGGCCCAAAAAAGUAGUGAUCACUGUCAAGGAAACUAAGACAGAAACCGGUUUUCCCGGUGACACCGAACUUCUUUCUGCUCAUCAUACCACUAGAGCUGCUUCUUCUGCUACAAGAGAACUCGACGACCUGAUGGCGAGUUUAUCAAAUAUAAAGGUCCAACAGCCGGUAAGAGAAGAAUACGCCCGUCCAAUAAAAGCCACCCAGUCCCAGGGCGCCCCACCAGAAAACUUAGAUUCUAUGCUUGAUAACCUUCAAGCAGACAUGAGCCGUCAAGGAGUAAACACCAGCCAAAAGGGAUGCUGCAGCGCCUGCGAAAAACCAAUUGUAGGGCAAGUUAUCACCGCUCUUGGUAAAACUUGGCAUCCGGAGCACUUCACUUGCGCCCACUGCUCCCAAGAGUUGGGCACCAGGAAUUUCUUCGAAAGGGAGGGCAAACCUUACUGCGAACCCGACUACCAUAACUUGUUCAGUCCUAGAUGUGCCUACUGCAACGGUCCAAUUUUGGAUAAAUGUGUUACAGCCCUGGAGAAGACGUGGCAUAUGGAUCACUUUUUCUGCGCCCAAUGUGGCAAACAGUUUGGCGAAGAUGGCUUCCACGAGAGAGAAGGAAAACCUUAUUGCCGUGACGACUACUUCGAUAUGUUUGCUCCCAAAUGUGGCGCGUGCAAUAGGGCCAUCAUGGAAAACUACAUUUCCGCUUUGAAUAGUCAGUGGCAUCCCGAUUGUUUUGUUUGCAGGGACUGCCGACAGCCCUUCAUAGGUGGGUCAUUCUUCGACCACGAGGGUCAACCCUACUGCGAAACCCACUACCACUUGAAACGUGGUUCUUUAUGCGCCGGAUGCCACAAACCCAUUUCCGGUCGUUGCGUCACCGCGAUGUUUAGAAAAUUCCAUCCGGAACACUUCGUAUGCGCCUUUUGCUUAAAACAGCUGAACAAGGGAACGUUUAAGGAACAGAACGACAAACCCUAUUGUCAUUUGUGCUUUGAGAAGCUAUUUGGUUAGACUAGAUUGGUAAUCUGUAUACCUCUUAUUAUUCAUCUUUAAACAGAAGUUACAGAAUUUAGGAUAUAAAGUGAAAAGAUGCAAAUUUUUAACAAGCAAGGCAGUAGCAUGUGUUGCUAGCUAUUGCUAUUUUAAUAAAAGAUUUGGAAUUGUUUUUUAUACUAAUAAAAAUCGCCCAUAUUUGAAUUGGGGCAUACUGCUUAAAAAAUGGAUAGGGCAGACCGGGUAACAACGAGAAACUUUUUAAUUAACCUGAUUUUUGAAAAUUUAGUGUAAGUUUUACCGUUUAUGAUCAAUAUUUGUUCAGGACAACUUUUUCGAUCAAAGAUAAGUAGAUAAAAAUAACUUUCCAGAUAGAGUUAUCUUAAAGCUCAAUCUCAUUUUCCAAAUUUCUGGAAAUUGGCAGAAAGUACAAAGACCUAACAGGUUAACAAGUAUAUAGAAUUCAAAAUAACCAUCACAGUCUCAUAGUAUACUUUCAAUUACAGGCACACCUUAUAUAAAAUUUUGCAUUACAUAAUAAUAGCAAGAAGUAGUAGUAAUUAUGUUCUAAAAGUCCCUUUGCAAAAACCUCAGGCAUUACUGCUGACCGUCAUUUCUUACCGCGACCACGGACGGAAUCCGUCUUCCUAAUAAGGACACAAACCUUUCUUAGUCUAGGCUUUUUAGUACCUCAUGUGACAGACAGGAAGUUGUAACCGAUAGUUUCUAUCCUUAACCUAUCUGGCACUCACCUAUAAAAUACCUCAGCAUGGUUACAACAAACUGGGACCGAGACCUAGAUGCAAGUCUAUUAGACUUCUUACAGAUUAUAAGAUGCAGGUGCCUGUUGUUACCUGUAAGAAGUCUAAUAAGGUUGGUUGCCCUAUGCUGAAUCAGCAACCAAGCUGCUUUAGCUUUUGUUAAAUUUGAUAGCAUUUCCUUUGACUUCCAAUGUUCCCUAGUAUUUUCUCGUGACCAGUACGUGAGGAAUAUGCCUUUCUCAAGACACCCUUGCGAACCCGUCGGCUGACUCAUUACCCACUGUUCCGCUAUGUCCCGGAAGCGUAUAGCCAAUUCCUACCAUUCUGCAAUGUACUCACCUAACAAUCGUGUUAUAUCGUGGUAGGGACUGUCAAAACAAAACGCGCAUAAAAACUCAACAAAUGUACAAUGUCCAUUUAUGAUGACGUACUGUAUGGAUAAAUUCUAUCACGGUGCAUCGCAGUAAUUCAACUAAUUUUGAAUACCAACUAAAGAAUAAUAUCUAAUAAUAUUCAUGUAUUUAUUUAUUAAAUAAACGUAAUGAAAAUUUCAAAAUGAAAAUUGUGUAAGUACAUUGAUUUUUUAAUGUAAACCAUGUGAUUUUGCAUUAGGUUAUGUCUCUAAAAUAUUUGCGGCAAGGUUUCUUUUGCGUUUUCCAGGUCUUCUUUCUAAUUCUAUAUUUGUUGGACGACCUGCUGAGAGUUGCGCCGCGAUACUGAAGUAGGCUAAUCUUUCUGUAAUUAUAGUUUGUUUUUAUUUUCAUCCAAAGACAGUACUGCCUGUGCUGGAGUUGUAAUUUGCCUAAUACAUGAUUUAAUUUUUGAAUUGUUUUUGUAUUACCAACUGAACAAACAAGUGAAACUAUUUCAGUUAUUUUCGCAAAAUGUUGAGAAAGAUUUUUGACAGCUUCGAGAUCAUUUUUCAGAUCAGACUCUGUAAUAUUAGGUAUAUUUAUUUCUUCUUUUUUCCUCUGAUAUUUCCGCCCCAUCAAAUUCAAUGUGAAUAUCAUCCAUGUCACUAAAAAAAUCGACAUGUGUUUUCUCUCCUAAAGCUAAUUUAACUAAUUCUUUUUUUAUUAUCGGUUGUUAAUAUCGGGGCGUGUGAAUCUCAAUUCCGAUUUACAAAACCCGCCGGCAUAAUUUUUUUUAGUAAGAAAUUGUUAUUAAAUCAUAUUCUAAAAGUCGUCUUUUAUGGUAAGUUUCAAAUACCUUGGCUAUAAAGUCAACUAAUGCACAGGCAUUAAAAGAUCGACAACGUUCUAAUACAACGUCUUUAAAUAUACGAAUUGACGUCUUAACGUAUUUAUUGGUAUUGUUUUCUCGAGUAAUCCAGUCACUACGGUAAUGCAAGCACCAGUCUUGAUGACGUUUCCAAAGAGUUUCGAUGUAUGUUUUUAAAUAUUUAUAAUUUUCUUGGGAAUAAUCUUUUAUCAAACUCUGAAAAUAUUCUGUAUAUUCUUCGUCAGUUUUUGCGAAAAUCACUUGUCUAAACUCUAACAUUAUCUUUUUUUUUACUUCUUUUUGUAUAGAAUUAUGGGAUAGCGAUAGCCAUGCCGUCAAAAUGCUUGGCAAAUAUGACAUAUGCAUAGAAAUAAGACUAAGUGUGAAAAAAUAGCUUUAAGGGCAUACCCUUCAGCGCCUCUCUUAUCAGAACCAUGCCCUCCAAAUCUUUUUUCCACAAGUGCUUCUUUUGCGGCUGAAAAUACUAAUAUUUAAUUUCCUACAGUCUGGGCUUUAUGCAACACGACCCCUAAAGGAAUAGCCCCAAUUUUAUUUGCAGCAAAAAAAAAUGUGACGCAUGUAUUGGUCUAAUCACAAGAUCCACUUGCAUCGACGAAUACCACUUCCUGAGCGAUUCGACAUUCAUUAGCCCUUUUCAUUAUUUUUUUUUAUAAUAAUAAUAACGUUUAUUAAAAACAAUGGACAUAAUAUAUACUUACUAACUAAUACAAUAAAUAAAAACAUAAACGUUUAGAAAUAUCACUGAAGCACACUUAGCACUUGUGCGUGAUUUGUGGUUACAUAAUCGGGUAGAUGUCACAUUUAGUUAACUGUCCUUAUUGGGUAAACAGUCUAUAGCCGGGAUUAGAAAGGGCAUUUCAACUCUUUUGGCCAUGAGUUUUACGAGUCGUGCCAAGUAUAUGCCAAGUUGUUUUGACUAGUCGAUAAACUUUGGGUAAUAUUUAACUCUAUCUUGUUUUUCUUUAUAUAUUUAAGGAUUUCUAAGCAAUAUAGUUGAUGCAAAUCUAAUAUGUUACUUUCAGAAAGCACGUUAUCAGUGGGAUAUGUUCUGUCUCUGCCAAAAAUUAUUUUAAAACCCAUUUUUGAAUUGAUUUUAAUUUUUGUAUGUGUAUUGCAGAAACCCUUCCCCGUCCCAAAAUACCAUAAACUAAAUGACUUUGUACAAGAGACAUAUAUACAAUUUUUAGAUAUUCUGUGGUCAAAAAGUCUCAAGUACAUACAUUUUGAGAGCAGUCCCGCUUUCAAACAUAGGAUACUUUACUAGCACUAGUACUUUAAAUUUAGGUUAGAAAAGGGUAAUAAAAUAAAGCAGAAAAUGCACGCUAUGAUAGCUGAAAAUCUACUUACACGAAAUAUGUAUCGGGGUAGAAUAAUUUAUCCCUACUCUACCAAACUCCAAGGUAAAGCGUUGCAUCGUAGUAGGGUUUGUUAAGCUUUUAUGCGAGUUUUGCUUUGACAGUGCCUACCACGAUAUAACGCAAUUCGUUGGGUGCGUGCGUUGCACAAUGGUAGGAAGUGGCUAUACGCGUCCCGGAACUCAUAAACGGACUCAUAAUUACCGCAUAAUCGGACUGACUUCCUCUUGCAUAACUUGAAUAGUGCAUCCCAGCACUCUUGCACCUGUUUGAAGCUGGUUCUGGACGCCUGGCUAUCACCCCUUUUAACUUGGUCUCUGGAUUCACGAAAUGCACACACAUUUAAAAUGGCUCUUUCCCUGAACGGUAACAUAUGCCGUCAGCAAUGAUGAAAUAGCGUGGGGAUUUUGGUAUUUUAUUGACAACAGUUCUUAAAAUUGUCAACAUUUUGAAUAUCAGCACUCAAAUAAUUAUCUUGUUUUUUCAACCACGGAAUAGGUUCUCGAAUAUCCAAAGACCUCUUCUCCAAUAAAGUCACAAAUUCCCUCCUUGCAAAUCAUUUCCUCUCAAAGCAUUGCCUGAACGAACUAAAUAGCGUAUUGAACUGGUGAUAUUUGCGUUUUUUUGUUGAGUAUAUGGAUCUAUAAGCUGAGAUUCUGCAGUAUUUGCAGUUUCCCUUUGGUGUAUUAGGUCCCUACAGUUUUUAUGAGAACUCUUCGGAUGAGGUGUGAAUCUUUCCAAUUUCAAAAACCAAUGUUUCAGAAUGCCCACUCAGCAUCAGAUUACCAUGCAGAGUCAGUUUUGCUAACGAUAUAAGAGAUAAUCGUGUUCAACGUCGUAAUGUAACCAAUUAAAACUUGUCAACCAUUUAUGCUGCAUAUUUUGUGACUUUUUGACUUGCUUUGUCUUUAAAAUAUUUCUCGAGCAUUUUCACUUUUUCUUUUUCAGGCAUCGUGCAUUUUGUAUUUUGAUGUUUGUGAACCUUAUGUAUACAUAAUAAUCUUUCCGUGGUAAAACUUUAGCAUUUAGGUCAUUGCUCUAUUUAACCAUAUUUAAAAUAUUUUAAAUUUGUUUAAUUUUAAAUAAUUUUCUUCAAACAAUAAUAAUGUAAACAGAUCUAGUCACUCGUGGUAUCGUUUCUUUGAUUUCGUUUCCAAAGAAAGACAGCGAAGGUAACGCUGCCAUUGCAUAAGUCGUCCGUGAAAAAAUUUGCCAGAGAAUUCUUAAGGCAGAACCGUAGCGCUAGUAGUAGUAGCAUUGGCUGCAUGUAAAGCGGGUAUUAUGAAGUUUGGUGUCAUUCACAUAUAAUCUGUUUUCUGCUGCCUCUCCUAAAACCUUUGAAUUCAGUGCAUUUUUUUAAUUCAAAUGGUCAUAAAGUGGGAUCAGUCUCAGCUACCACACCUUAAUUUUAACGAAAAUAUUUAAAUUGUCUCAUUGUUACCCGUUUGACCCUAUACAUAAUUUUAUUGUUAAUGUAAGUUUAAAAUGUUUUUUGCUAUUUUUCAAAUAUAGGUUUGCGUCGUAUAUAUUUGAAAGUUAGCAUCUAUCUGUUCGUUCUUCAAAAGCCAUAAAAGCAAAACUUUGCUUAAUAAUUCUUGUGGUAAGUUGUGAUAAUUCGUAAGCCAUAUGAGAGUUUACUAGUCAAAAAGAAUUAUUGUGUUUCUCUAUACCCAUUUUAAAUUUUAACAAUUUUAGAUGAUAGAUUUUAUUAUAUCGCUAUUCGAAGUAAGAUUUAGUUUAUUAAUGGUUCGUUAAAACUGAAUUUAUUGUGACUUAUUUACGCUUUAAUGCACAAUGUCCAAACUUCAAUAAAUUCAUUUUGUCACGAAUGAUAAUUAAUAAGUCCUAUAAAUGG